AAUCUCCUUGUUCUUAACUUCUUUUAUUAAAAUUUACAUGUUUAUUGUAGGAUUUCUCCAGAAAACGAUUUGUUUUGAACUAAAAUUAGCUCUGAAUAAUGUCAAAAUCUGUUAGUGGUAAACGUAAAACUAAAGGAAAGAAAACUAAAGCAAAGGACCCUGUGAAUGAGGUAUUAGAAAAAACACAGGAAGACGUAAAAAACUUGCGGGAAGAAGUAAGCAGAAAAAUAUUUAUUGCAGAAAAUGCAGAAAAUCGUCGCUAUCAAGCAUAUACUGAGAAAUUGGAGUCUGUAAGAAAUUAUAAUGAAUUGAAAAAGUCAACACAAAACCAUGCUGCUUUCCUAAUCACAGAAAACGAAAUAAAAGUAACCAAUCUUCGAGAUGAAAUAGAAAAAUUAACCACAAAACUAGAUGAGGCCAAUAAGUUAAUUGAAAUAAGAAAUAAUGAACUGAAAAAUUUACAUCAAGAAUUCCUAAAUUGUAAGGCAGAAAAAGAUUCGAAAAUCAGCACAUUAGAACAAAAAUUAAAAGAACAAGCUGCAUUAUUUCGUGACGUUAUGUCACAAGCGUUCAAUCAACUAAUUGAACAACUAAGUAUCGACUAUGAAAAUGUUCAUAAUAACUACAAAAUAUUUUCUCAGCCUACAAAUGAUCUAAUAGAAUUGGAGUUUUUAAAUCCACCGUUUUUAGAUGAAGAAUCUGUUGAAUAUAUAUAA